AUGACUUUCACGGCGGAAGACGUGCAACGGAUCGUGUCCACAGCAGUAAGGGAAGCUCUCCAACAAGCCCCCAAACAAACGGCGAGCACCUCAGGGUACACCAUCAUGGACCAUCUCAACAGUAGAAUCCCUAAAUUUACAUUCAAGCCGGAAAACGGACACACGUUCGAGAAAUGGUACGCAAGAUACGCGCCAAUACUCGAAUCAGAAGGGGGCGCCCUGGCCAUGAAAGAUACGAUCCGAUUCGUCAUCAGUAAACUCAAUUCCAUAGAGUACGACGCGUUCGUCAAUCACAUUAAACCCGUGAAAAUUGGCGAUCUGAGCCCAGAUGACGCGAUCGAACAGCUCACCAAACUCUUCUGCGUCUCCAUGAGCCUGUUCAAGAGACGCAUUGAAUCGCUCAACAUCAAACGAUCGGGUCGAACGCUGAAGGAGCUCACGGGAGUCAUCAACGAAGCGGCGGAAGACGCAGAAUGGGGAGGCAUACAGCUUGACGAGAUGAAACAAUACAUCCUGAUGCUGUCCCUCAUGAACUCGGAAGACAACGACAUCCGAGCACGCGCCGCUCGAUUGAUGGAGGAAGAUAUAGAUUAUUUUUUCCCGGAAGUUAUGGACGACCUAGAAAAUUUCGAGCAACUCAAAAAUGACUUGGCUCCGUCCACGACGAAACGAUUCGAGAUUAAUCCACCGAAACGAGAAAAACCGAAACCGUUUGCUGGCCGUGGAAUAGUAAUAUGA